AUGAGCUACAAAAUUUUAAGAAUUAAUUUCUUUUUAAUUUAACCAGUGAAAACAUCUCUUUGUUUUGAUCACCAUCAUGUAUGUCGUUGAAAUCAAAUUAAAUUUAUUUAAUUUUCUUCAUCAUACGCAGCAAUUUUCUAAUUAAAACUCCCUUCUCUCUCCCCAUCCUCUGUCUCUCACACACAAACACCAAGAAAUGGAGAUAUUACAGAAAUCAGUUGCAGUAUGUUGUGCAGUUAUUUUCUUGAUUUAUGCAUGGAAAAUCUUGAACUGGGUUUGGUUUAGGCCAAAGAAGCUUGAGAGAUGCCUCAGACAGCAGGGUUUCAAUGGAAACUCGUAUAAGUUGUUGUUUGGAGACUUCAAGGAGAUGAUGAUGAUGGCAAAUGAUGCUAAGUCGAAGCCCAUCAAUUUCUCUAAUGAUAUUAUGCCCAGAGUAAUGCCCUUCAUCCAAAAAGCUGUCCAAAACUAUGGGGAGAAUUCCUUUUUAUGGUUUGGGCCAAGACCUGCAGCACUUAUCACGAACCCGGCUUUGCGCCCACUUAUUCCUCACGACUUUUUGUCGUGUCCCCCAAAAUUCAAACUCAUAACAUUUUCUUUAAGUAAGAUUUAA